CGGCGACUUUACUCGGUCGAGAUGUGCCUUCCGUGCUGGCCAGUCAAGGAUAUCUACCUCGAGGACGACCCUCCCAACCAGUCAGUGCAAUAUGUCUGGGACGGAGGCAAGUGGGUGCAGACUGUGAGACCAGUCUCUUCGGUCCAUCCCGGCAUCGCCAGCGCACCUGUCGUCAUGCAGCCCAUGAUGAGCCCUGGUCACCAUCCUGCCUACUACAGUCCCGGCCAGACUGCGCAGUACAUGCACCCGGCACAGUUUGUCAAUGCCCAGAACCCGGUAUUUGUAGGUCAUGCCGGUGUUGCUCCUCCUCCUCAGGCUCCUCCCGACAUCAUGGGUAUUGGCAAGACCGGAGCCGAGGCCUGGUACGAGCAGUGCUAUAAUGCGCAGAGCGAGUCCAACAAGAUGAGCGAGCCCCAGGACUUCAAGCCUGCAGACCCUGACCCUGGUCGCAUGUAUCCUUGCCGCGAGGUCGAUGGUGCCUGGACCCAGCGCAAUCUCGUCACCAUCGAGCGUCUUGACGAUGCUCGCUGGUAUAUCGACAGCCAUGGUCGCUUCUAUGCUGUUCGUUCCGCUGACUAACACUGUGCACAAAUGUUCAGUAUCGGUAAGUUUCAGGGGGCGUUCUGGGGCUCGUGUAGGACGUUGCUG